AUGGAAGUUUCCCGUUCAGGCUAGUAGAUGAUGUAAUGGGCUCCCCGCGGCUCGAACCUUCGGCGGGGUUCACCAAAAAUUGUUCCGCUGCGAAAAGAAAUUAUAGUGAGCCACAUAUAUACUGUACAUUCGAGUGAGAACUUCCGCUCAACAUCGUCGCACGCUUUAUCCUUUUGAAACUGUAUCAUAUCAACACUCCAGAAACAACACAUUUCUCCGACACAUCUGCCCACCAUGUCUCAGCCAUUUGACCCCGAGAAGGCGGAGAACCUUGACGAUAUCGAGAAGCAAUUUGCAGUGAAAGCCGUCGAACAUUUGAUGACCUACUGGUCAAUCCUCGAGAAGGUGCGGGGCUCUCAGUUGCGACUGACGAAAAUGGACGAUGAGAUCUAUGAACACCUGAAGAAAGAAUUCCCUGAUUUCGAUCCCGCGGCCACCAUUAAUGAGGAUGAUAUGAAGAGCAAAGAAGGAAAGGAGAAGUGGCGCAACUUCAUGAACCAGUACGAGAAGAAAGUUGCCGACUUCAACUUCGGUACAAUCUUGAGAGCGAACCCCAAGUUUGAAUAUGAGCAAGAUACGACAAUCUUCGUACCCCGCAUGCAAUUCUAUGCUGUCGAGAUCGCACGAAACCGCGCGGGACUGAACGACUGGAUAUACGAGAGAGCACACCCUGAAGAAAAGUCAUCGUGAAUGUGACUCACCUAAGAUGUCAGCGGUGGAUGAGAGCAUACUCUUAGCAGACGCGAAGUAGCCCAGGGAGUGCUCUUCGCCCGAGAUACCAGCUUCGACAGUAUACGAUAGCCCCAGACCCAGAUUCCUGUUCAUGCCUGGGUGAUGAAGACAAUGCCAGGCAUCUGCUCGAAAGGUCGUGGACGAAGUUUAGACUCGUGUCAAUAAGAUUCUGAUUGAAUACCAAUAUUCGACCGAUCCUAUCCAGAGGAGGCUCACGACAUAUGGCAUAAUGGUGGCGUUAGGUCUUUGUUGCGGUUACAGUUAUGGAAGUGAUUAGUCGACUGUCUCGUCAUCUGGAUGGGACUGUCAUGAACGGAUAGGCAACUCUGGCUUUAUUUUGCAGUUACAUAGAUUUUGAGAGACGCCCUGGUAUUGGAGAACAAGGGACAGUGCCUCCCACGUGACAUAAUCAAGUUAUUUUCUUGAAGACAAUAAUACUAAAAGAGUUC